AAGAGUGCAGUGGAUAGUCGUUUAAUUAAUAACCACUGUCCCCUUUCGCCGUGACCUCAGGCAGGCACUGAUCUGUUGCAGCACCAGACUAUAGAGGAGAUGCAAAUAUUGAUGGUGCAUUUCAAACGUGGAUCUCAGUGAAAGGCCACCGGCAGACCGAAUCAGUGGCAAACAGGAACUCUGGAAAUCAAAUGAAAGGAGAACAAGGAGCCCAGGAUAUAUAAAAACCUCUUCCAGACCUCUGUGAUCUUCAAGAAUACGGGCAGACGGCUGUUUGUUUGCUGUGUACUGAACCUGAAGCAGUUUUCUGAAUGAACGACUGGGUGGGCCCAGAUGUCAAUGUGGUGGGACCACUACAGGUCCCCAACGGCGAUGGCUUCUCUCUUUCAGAGAGUUCCCACUUCUUCGAUAUACUGGCGGAACAGGGCAGCCCUCUACUCCAGGACCCAGAAGCGCUUCCAUUUACCUCCUAUCCCAGCAUGCAGUACCCCUCCAUGGAGCCCCCCAUGGCAUCCCCUUCGUACUACCCCAGUCAGCACUACUACCCGCCAUACAGUGCGGAGGACUGGUACUCCUCGCCCAGCCUGUAUGAACUGAGGAAGGGGCCUCUGGGGGCGGCCAGCUUUGAGGCUGAGAUGGAGGAAACCUCCGUGUUCGUACCGACAGUGUGCAAGAGGGCCCGACACACGUCCCAACCUGGCAGGGUCAAAGGGGAGGAGCUGUGUGUGGUGUGCGGAGACAAGGCCUCUGGGUAUCACUACAAUGCACUUACCUGUGAGGGCUGCAAAGGCUUCUUCAGGAGAAGCAUCACAAAGAACGCUGUGUACAAGUGCAAGAGCGGGGGGACUUGUGAAAUGGACAUGUACAUGCGCAGGAAGUGUCAAGAAUGCCGACUCAGGAAGUGUAAAGAGAUGGGAAUGCUGGCAGAGUGUUUGCUAACAGAAAUCCAGUGUAAGUCCAAAAGGCUCAGAAAAAACACAAAGGGCUCAUCGGAGGAGUCCACAGCAGGUGACCCAGAGGGACCCGACUGUGGCGACACCAAACAGGUCACCUCCACCACCAGACUCUUAAAGGAAAAAGUGGAACUCAGUCAAGAACAACAGGCUCUGCUCAAUUACAUUGUUGACGCUUACAAUAAACAUCGGAUUCCUCCAGACCAAGCUAAGAAACUGCUCCAGGAGCAGUUCAACGCAGAGGAGAAUUUCCAGUUACUCACAGAAAUGGCUACAAGUCACGUCCAAGUGCUGGUGGAGUUCACCAAAAACAUCCCAGGUUUUCAGAGCUUGGACCACGAGGACCAGAUCGCUCUCCUGAAAGGCUCGGCGGUGGAGGCCAUGUUUCUGCGCUCAGCCCAGGUCUUCACACGCAAGCUCCCUCAGGGACACACAGAGGUGCUGGAGGACAGGAUCCGCAAGAGUGGGAUCUCUGAGGAAUUUAUCACGCCCAUGUUCAACUUCUAUAAGAGUAUCGGGGAGCUGCAAAUGCUUCAGGAGGAGCAUGCUCUCCUCACCGCAAUCACUAUUCUCACACCAGACCGGCCCUAUGUAAGGGAUCAGCAGGCGGUGGAGGGGCUGCAGGAGACCAUGCUGGAGGUGCUGAGGAAGUUCUGCAAGCUGCAGCACCCGCAGGAAGCCCAGCACUUCGCCCGGCUACUGGGCCGCCUAACGGAGCUGCGCACCCUCAACCACCACCACGCCGAGAUGCUCACCUCCUGGCGCAUGAGCGACCACAAGUUCACGCCGCUGCUCUGCGAGAUCUGGGACGUGCAGUGACCACAGGCGGCCAGUAGGAGUGACGGAGUGAGAGAGGGGGGACGAUUCAGAUAGAAAGGGAGAGAAGUAGAUUGUGGGGGAAAGAGAAAUGGGAUACGAGGAGAGGAGAGGAAAGGAGGAUGGGAGGAGAUGCAGAUGCAACUGUCUCAUCAGAGGAACUUUGCAUUGAAACAGGAAAAUGGAAAUUCAUACGCUAGUAGACAGUGCUGUCACUACAUACUACUACUUUGUACAAUAGCCCACAGCAGAACAAAACAUUUAAGAUAGUUAUUACAUUGUGUAAAGGUGUAAGAAGAGAAAUACGUUUUUAUAGUGACAGAAAAGGCCCCUUGUUCUGGAAGUAAUGGUCUCUUAUUAAAUAUCUUUGACUAUA